CACCCUCUCUGCCCCGAGCUGACGUCAUCACUAUUGGCGGUAUUUUGAAUCGGGUUUGAACGGAUCGGAAUCAGAAGAUGGACUCCGACCAGGCGGAUUUGUCCGGCCCCUCUCCUCUCUUCUCCUCCACUCCCCUCCUCUCCUCUGAGCCUCCUCUCCUUCCCUCGGAGGCUCCGUUGUCAGAAGCUGCUGAGGCUGAACUGCUGGAUGGAUGUGAAGAACAGUUCACUAACCUGGAGAGGAUUCAGAAUGCGAUCCUGUCCUGUGAGGCGGAUUUCUCUGCUGACCCACAGGAGCAGUCUCUGAACAGGCUGAAGGCCACGGAGGCGGAGCUCGCCCAGUGGCUGCAGAUGGAGCCCAGAGUGCUGUCCACCAACCCGGAGAUUCUGCUUAAUGCUGGAAAAGACGAGAUGCAGAAGCUGGUCUCGGAGCUGGAGAUGAUCGCCGCGUGCUGUGAGGCCAAGAGGAACAACCUCGCAGAAACUCUCCAACGGGAACAGACGUGGCUCAAGAAGAGGCAAGAGGUGUUGACCGCAGCAACCAAUCACGUUGAGCGGCUCAGAAUAGAAAGAGAGACUUUGUCAGAGCACAGCAUCACCAGUGUGCUGCUGGACAUCAAGAAAAAGAUCAAGAAGAUGAAGAGCUACUACGACCAGCUGACGGAGGUGCUCGCGGACAUCCUGGCGAACCACUUCCCCCUCCCCACGGCCCACGCCAGCGCCGGCCAGAGGAAGAAGAACGCGCUGCCGGAUCACAACGACAAUCUGAUAUCGCUGAACAAGAUUCUGGAGCUGCUGAUGAACCGGACCCUCCAGAGCCCCCACGACCCGUACGUGGCGGCGGACGAGCGCUUCUGGCCCCCCUACGUGGAGAUGCUGCUCCGGUACAGCAUAGCCGUGAGACACCCCGAGAACAGCGGCCUGAUCCGCCUGGAGAGCUUCUGCUAGCGCUGAGCACAAGCUAUCGUAUGCUACCACAGCUAAUAAGGCUAUCGUAUGCUACCACAGCUAAUAAGGCUAUUGUAACAGCACUCUCUAAACUUGAAUAAAAUGUAAUUAAAUCCUUAAUGUGUAUUAUAUAACACUGCUUUCAAUGUCAUUGAGGUGUUUUGCUUUUAAUAAUAUCGUGUUGUCAUUUCAAAUGUUCUCUCAAAUGUUUUUGAACUAUUCUUGAUAUUUAUCAAUAAAAAACCUGGAUGUAC